AGAUCUCCACACCCCUCUGACAACAUCCUCAAACCUGCUUCACACCUAACUCUACCACUCCUGGGCUAAUUCAACCAUUCAGGCAAACAAAAGCCACAAACAGUCUUGUCUGGCUUCUCAUCCAUGUGGAUUCUUGCUAGCUGGUGAGAUAGGAGGCAAACUAGCAACGUAUCGUGGCUUGGGGCUUGCCAAAUAUCAGGCACAUUGAUGCUGCCUCAGGGCUCUACUGCUUGGGCAUAGACUCCACCCCACAGAGUCAACACCUCAGAGAGGACGUGAGAGACUCAUCAGAAACUAGACGGAACACCUAAACGAACAGACACCCGCUCUCAAGGACAACCACAUCGUCCAAACUUUUCCACUGUGGGACCAUCAUACGUUUCAGGAGGUCCACUGUGGACAUACAUCCAUUGACGAUACAUCCAACAUCCCAAACAACGAGUCUAAAUACAGGCUGACAAACCACGCAGUAUUGGAUUUGAACAACUGCACCAGUAUGGACACUCUCCAGGGAAGAAAACCGAAGAAACCUCAUUACAUUCCCCGCCCUGCUGGCAAACCAUUCAAAUAUCAGUGUUUCCAAUGUCCCUUCACCUGCAACAUCAAGUCUCAUCUCUUCAACCACAUGAAGUAUAACCUGUGCAAGAACUCCAUCUCUCUGGUGUCUCAGCGCAUGGAACAGACAGGGAAAAUGCAGAGAACUUCCCAGCAUAAUUUUCCCUUCAACCACAAGAGUAAAGAGCCACCCCUGGAAGCUGAAGCCAACAAACCUACAGAGAGGGUCAACGACAAGGUUGAACAAGAGGAGAUGGGUAAAGGAACAAGAGAAACGCCUGAAAGUCCCAUCAAGGAGGUCACUAAAGAUGCCCCUGAGCCAAUCUGUGAGACCAGGGACAAAAAUGGAGACAUAGACAUUGAACAGAACAAAAUAUAUUCAGCUUUCUCACCGGUUGCACAAACAUGUGAACGCGAAGCUCUAUCUCGGUCUCCACACAAAGAUGAUCAAUCAUCUUCAGCCAUUCCUCAGUUUUACCACCAAAUGGCACCCUGGGUCCCACCUGCUUCCACAGCACCACUUCUUCCUCUAAUAACGGACUAUCCGUCAUACAUGGUAUCUGAGAGGCCCUUGCAUUCUCUCUACACACCCUACUCACACAACCAAGCAAACACCCCAGCCUACCAACUUACAUCUCGAGAGACCCAAAGACCUCUUGUUCCAUCACCUUUGGUCCCACCUAGUACUUCCCUUUUCCAUCCUUAUCACUACAGAUACGGCCAUUCUAUUAUCCCUGGCCCACCUCUACCCUACAGCAUCUACCAACACCCUGAAUUUCCCAUGUCCUUACAGAGAACCAGGUAUCUUCCUCUGGAUGUGUACAGCAACAGAUUUUAUCUUCGAGAGUAUGGAGGGCAUCUAGUACCCCUACCUCAUCCUGAUUCUUACAGCAGACUUCCUGAGGACAGGGCUUUCCAGGAGCACAAUACAGUAGACAAAGGUACUCGCCAGAGUCCUAUAGCAGGGUGUGCCGCCUCCGGGUCUCCAGACAGGCCUAGUACCGCAGAUGUCACCCAGCGGAUCCCUGUUACACUCAGGCACGCUUCUCAUGGGGAGUCAUUCCCAGUUAGUCAAUCACAGCAUGUUGAACCAGCGGCAACUACAGCAACUGAAAACUUACCCAAGAAAUCAUGUGGACAAACUCAAGAGAGCAUGUUACAAAAUAAAGAGAGGAAUGAACCACAAACCACAGCUUCUGCAAGAAGCUGUGAGAUUUCAUCAGAAAAGGAAGACGAAGAAACCGAGGAAGAACCAGCUCCUCUUAACCUUUCAAAGAGGGACCGGGCUGUAUCCAGCAACAUGACACACCACUACUCUGACUGCGAGCUCCAUUAUGAUUCAGAAAGUAGUCAAGAAGAAGCACCGCUCAACCUCUGCCUCAGGGUUCAGUCCAACAACCUAGCCUUGCCCAACACCACAGGCUCUGAUACUCCAGAAAGACAAACCAUUAUAAAUGCUGAGGUAUGCACAAUUGUUCCACCCAGAGAACAAGAAAUAGACCCAUGUGACCAGAGACACUCUGCUGCCUUCGCUCUGUGUCAGCUAGCUAGCUCAAAGGACAUUAUCAUUGACUCCUCUAUUGACCAACAAGAAAUGACUGAGGGCCAGAACAGUCAAAGUCCUCCUCCCCCAGACAAGAGCCCAGCCAAAGACACUCCAGACACACCAAAACAGAGCACACGGGGACAAAAACGGGUAAACAAUAGACCUCUGAGGCACACUAACAAAAGAGCAAAGGUCAAAGAACCUGCUCGAACUCAAAGAAAGAGGUCACAAAACUGCUGAUUCAGAGAUCCCAAAGUGUGGACUGCUGCAACUCAGACAGAAACGAGCUCCAGUGAAAAGAUCAAUACUCAAGAGACUUUACAGGAAGACGGCCAACAUCUACAUUAAAGUCUUCAAAUAUUAUUCUAUUUAUGUCUGUAAAAUUGCUUGUCAUUAUUGUUCAAAGGUCAUGGGAUCAAUUCCAAGGGUAUGCAUGAACUGGCAACUUUAAUGUAAGCUGCUUUGGACAAAAGCAUUUGCUUAAUGCAUAAAUGUAAAUACAGAUAAUUCCAAAAUAUUCUUAGUGUAUAACAUUAAGCACUGAUUGGAAGAAAAAUGGCAGCCCAGAUUGUACACUGAGAAUCUUGUGUGCUUUGAGAAAACAUGUAACAGAUCAUUAAAGGGAGAUGGGUGGUGGCAUUUAAAAAAAAUAAAUAAAUAAAGGAUCUUGUUAAACUUGAAGUAUUUGAAUUAAGUGUUUGCAUAAAGUGAACUAUGUUUGCUUAUAAAUGUUUUUGAAACAUGAGUAUGGUGUAGGGGAGGUACGAUGAUUAUAGCUAUAAUAUUAAAAUUUAUGUCAGAGAAAAAGAAAAUCCAGUAGCUUUCAAACUGAAUACAAAA